CACCCAAAUUUCCCUCCACUUUACCACCGUAAAAACACAUUGAAAACUCCUCCCUUCCUGUUUCUACGUUUGCAGAAUGGAAGUGGGAAGGUUACCAAUCUCAGCAUCACAGAGUAAACUGAUAUCAGCAGGUUACACCACUCUCGUUGCCCUCUCUUCUCUCUCCCCCUCCGACCUUGCUAGAGAACUGAAAAUUCCAGAGAGUGAAGCUCUUGAAAUCCUGAAGGUUGCCUCACUCGAUCGUGGGUUGGACCAACCAGAUAAAAACAAUGCUAUUGUCAACGGUGAACAAAAUGCUUGGGAAAUGCUCCAUGAAGAGCUGUCAUUUCCACACAUCACUACAUCUUCUGAUGAUCUAGAUAACAUCCUCGGUGGGGGAAUUAAUUACAAAGAAGUUACUGAAGUGGGCUACCUGGGAAUCGGUAAAACACAGAUGGGGAUUCAACUUGCCGUGAAUGUGCAAAUUCCAGUUGAUUUGGGUGGCCUAGGUGGAAAGGCAGUAUAUGUCGAUACAGAAGGCAGCUUUAUGGUGGAAUGGGCUCUACAAAUUGCUGAAGCUUCCGUAGUGGAAAUGUCAAAUUAUAAUGAGCUUUUGAAGAAAAAUCGAGAUUGCCAAGUUGAAAUUCAGCCCACUGAUAUCUUGGACAACAUAUUUUAUUUCCGUGUCUGCACUUAUACAGAGCAAAUUGCCCUGAUAAAUUACUUAGACAAAUUCAUCUUGGAGCAUAAGGAUGUUAAGAUUGUGAUUGUUGAUAGUGUUACCCUUCACUUCCGCCAAGAUUUUGAGGAGGCUUUGUUGUUGUUGUUGUUGGCUCUCAGGACUUGGUUACUUGGUGGAAUGGCCUUAAAGUUGAUGAACCUUGCAAAGAAAUAUAAUAUGGCGGUUGUCAUAUUCAAUCAAGCGACCACUAAGCAUGUAGAAGGUUCAUUCCAUUUAAGUCUUGCACUAGGUGAUAGCUGGUCACAUUGUUGCACCAAUCGAGUCAUAUUGCAUUGGAAUGGUGAUGAACGAAAUGCGUACCUAGACAAGUCACCUUCUCUCCGAUCAGCAUCAGCUCCAUUUUCCGUGACUAGUGAAGGGAUCAUGAACUCUGCUUCAAACCAUAAGCGAAUCAAAUUGACGUGAGAUUUCAAAUUGGACGAGGUUUAUUCGUCAGUUUGAUUUUUUCCCUUCGUCUUCGAGUAAAUGGGCGUUACUUCAUUUAGUUCCAGCAGUUAUAAGAGAUCAGAGAAGGGAAAACGGGAACUAUUUCAUCUCUUUCUAUAGGCAUCACUGUUUUUUUGCAAAUACAUCACUGAGAAUAGAACCUGUGAAGUGAGUGGUACCAUAACUGCAAAUGAUUGAAAGAAGAACUCUGUUUGUCGCCCCCCAAAUGCGGGAGGUUCUUUGUAUACACUCGGUGAUAAGGCAGAUUUUCUCUCCGAACGCACCGUAUAGUUUGCAGUGUCUUGACCAUUUGGCGGAAAGUUUACUUUUGUAAAUGAAUUUCCUUAGUGUGCAGCCCACCAUCUUUGAAUAACUUAAAAUAUAGCUUUUUAGUGAAUUUUUACUUAUACAAGAUUGUUAAGAAUUUGUCAGGUUUUAUACUAAA